AUGAAGCCGAGUAAGAAUCAACUAAGACGGGCAAGGAAAAAGGCCUUAAAACUCCAGGCUACGGACUUGACUCAUGUUACGACCGAUGUGGAAUCCCAGAAAAAGGGGAUUUCUCCCGCAGAUGCAACACGGGACCAUAGUAUAGAUGUGUCGGGAAAUGUAUCUACUGACUCUGAAGACGCCCUUUGGCAAAUGUACAAGGGUAUUAUCGACAAGUUUGAUGAGAGUACGGAAAGAGAAAUGACACCAGACAAGGUCAAUAAACCUGAAGUCUAUUUUGACGACGAUAAUUACAUACCGGACGAGGAAGAUAAGGAACCUAAGUUGUCAAAGAAGAAGCGCAAGGAGUUGAACAAACUUUCCGUUGCCGAGCUUAAGGCCAUGGUCAGAAAGCCGGAAAUAGUCGAAUGGACAGAUACCUCAGCGCCUGAUCCUAAACUACUUGUUCACAUUAAAGCGCAUCGCAAUGUUGUACCAGUGCCUUCACACUGGUCUCUUAAACGAGAAUAUUUGUCAUCGAAGAGAGGGAUUGAGAAACCGCCCUUUUCACUACCAAAAUUUAUUCAAGAGACUGGAAUUUCAGAGAUGCGAGACGCUGCCUUAGAGAAGCAAGAACAGGCGACCUUGAAACAGAAGCAAAGGGAGCGAGUUCAACCGAAAAUGGGAAAGCUAGAUAUUGACUAUCAAAAGCUAUAUGAGGCUUUCUUCAGGUUUCAGACGAAACCUGAAUUGACACGUUACGGUGAGGUCUAUUAUGAGGGGAAAGAAUAUGAAACCAACCUGAGACACCUACGACCUGGUGAACUCAGUGCUGAGCUUAAAGAAGCGCUUAGCAUGCCGUCUGGUGCGCCUCCGCCUUGGUUGAUCAACCAACAGAGAUAUGGGCCUCCACCCUCCUACCCGGCUUUAAGAAUUCCAGGCCUAAAUGCCCCUCCGCCUCCGGGGGCCAUGUGGGGUUAUCAUCCAGGUGGGUACGGAAAGCCUCCGGUUGAUGAGCAUAAUCGACCGCUCUAUGGUGGUGAUAUUUUCGGAGUGCUGCAGCCCCAGCAUUCGGUUCAACAAGGCGAGCCCGUUGAGAAAGACCUCUGGGGAGAACUACAGGUCCCUGAGCUUUCCGAAGAGGAGAGUGAUGAGGAAGAUGAUCAGUUGCAUGAAGAAGAAUUUGAAAUGGGGAUACAGUCCCCAAAUGGGAUAGAAACCCCGAGUGGGUUAGUGUCCGCUGUUCCGUCGGAAUUUGUUGGAGCAGAGAAUGUUACUGGAGAAUUUGAUGUGCGUAAGCAUUAUCGAGGAACUCAGACCGAGGAGCCUUCAGAUCAUCAAAAUGCAUUUCGGGUUAUUCCAGAGAGGCAGUCCAACGUACAGGGAUUUUUCGGGGGUGAUAAAAUGUACGAUCUAAAUGCGCCCGCGGACACUUUGUCCGUUCUCGGAGCCGAGGGACAUCAUCGGAAGCGGAAGGCUACUGGUGAUGUUGAUGUAUCUGUGGAUCCGGACGAGUUGCGGGCUAAUGAUGGUAUUGGUGAAGAAACCAUACGUGGACUGUACGCGACUGAAAGACAGCAUGAACAUUAUCCCCAAAAUUGGGAUUUCCAGGAAGAUUUGAGCGACAUGAUCGCAUUCGAGAGCCGGAAAAAAUUGAAAAAGGAUCAGGAAAGACAAGGCAGGCAAUAG